AUGACCAAUAUUCCCAGGGAACCAAUUUCCUUAACACGAUAUAUCUAUCUAUCUAUCUCAGUCUGUCCAUUAUCUAUCUAUCUAUCUAUCUAUUUAUCUAUCUAUCUAUCUAUCUUUCUUACUUUCUUUCUUUUUUAUCUCGAUCUAUCUAUCUAUCUAUCUAUCUAUCUAUCUAUCUAUCUAUCUAUCUAUCUAUUUCAGUCUGUCCAUUAUCUAUCUAUCUAUCUAUCUAUCUAUCUAUCUAUCUAUCUAUCUAUCUAUCUAUCUAUCUGUCUCAAUCUAUCUAUCUAUCUCAUUGAUUUUCUCUAUCUCUUUCUAAAUAUAAAUAAAUAUAUCUGUCUAUUUAGAUCUAUCUAUCUAUCUCACGCUCUCCUCUUUCUUCUUCUUCUUCUUCUUUUCUUCUUCUUCCUCUUCUUCUCAAACUCCUCCUCUUUCUUCUUCUUCGCCUCCACAUCAUCUUUUUAUUCUUCAUCUCCUCGGCUGUCUUAUACCACUUCAUCAUCGCCUCCUCAUCAUCUUUUUUUCUUAGUCUUCUACUCCUUUUCGUAUUCUUCUUCAUCUACUCCUUCUUCUUCUUCUUCUUCUUCUUCUUCUUCUUCUUCUUCUUCUUCUUCUCCAAUACUUAUUUUUCUUCUCACUGCCUACGCUUUUUAG